AUGAUUCUUAAAGACGCAGAUAUUGAUGAAUGCAGUGACAAGAGUACAUGUCCAAGCAAUGCAUUAUGUCACAACACCAUUGGAAGUUACUAUUGCUUAUGCAAAUCUGGAUUUAAGACUCUCUCAGGAGCAGUGAAUUUCACAAGUCCACGUGACAGGUGUGAAGAUACUGAUGAAUGCAAAGACAAGAGAACAUGUCCUACCAAUGCAUUAUGUCACAACACCAUCGGAAGUUACUAUUGCUUAUGCAAACCUGGAUUUAAGGCUCUCUCAGGAGCAGUGAAUUUCACCAGUGCACGUGAGAGAUGUGAUGAUACUGAUGAAUGCAAUGACAAGAGAACAUGCCCUACCAAUGCAUUAUGUCACAACACCAUCGGAAGUUACUAUUGCUUAUGCAAACCUGGAUUUAAGGCUCUCUCAGGAGCAUUGAAUUUCACCAGUGCACGUGAGAGAUGUGAAGAUACUGAUGAAUGCAAAGACAAGAGAACAUGUCCUAUCAAUGCAUUAUGUCACAACACCAUCGGAAGUUACUAUUGCUUAUGCAAACCUGGAUUUAAGGUUCUCUCAGGAGCACUGAAUUUCACCAGUGCACGUGAGAGAUGUGAAGAUACUGAUGAAUGCAAUGACAAGAAAACAUGCCCUACCAAUGCAUUAUGUCACAACACCAUCGGAAGUUACUAUUGCUUAUGCAAACCUGGAUUUAAGAGUCUCUCAGGAGCACUGAAUUUCACCAGUGCACGUGAGAGAUGUGAAGAUUCUGAUGAAUGCAAUGACAAGAGAACAUGCCCUACCAAUGCAAUAUGUCACAACAGCUUCGGAAGUUACUAUUGCUUAUGCAAACCUGGAUUUAAGGCUAUCUCAGGAGCACUGAAUUUCACCAGUGCACGUGAGAGAUGUGAAGCACUUUUACUUGGAUUUAUUGGCGCACUUUUGCUUGGUUUUAUUGGUGCACUUUUACUUGGAUUUAUUGGUGCACUUUUGCUUGGAUUUAUUGGUGCACUUUUGCUUGGAUUUAUUAGUGAUUUUCAGUGCAUUUCCACAACUGUUUGGUUUAUUUGA